GCACAACAUGUGUAGCCUUCGUCCAUGCCGACGAAAAGUUCUGCUUAUGACGCGAAGUACUUUUUAAUUGUUGAUAGGUCCAUGAAAAAAUGUCUUGAACGUGAGAGAUAUUUCUUGUGUAAAUCUAAAAAAUCUCUGAUGUGGAUGUGAAGCAUUGUAGCAGGAGCAGAGGCGCACAGCGCGCCGUCUUCUGUUGGAUGACAAGCACAACCCAAUAUACUUCUCGUCCUCCGCGUCCUGGUUCUAUUUUCAUUCCCUCUGUUCGGCACCGGUCUGCGCAGUAGGACGGAAAUAGAAGCCGAUGACGAUAGUGGAUCCUAUUCGUGCAGCGGCAACGGGCUUACUGACGCAACGCACUGCGUCACCUACGUUCCUGAUCCUAAAGUUGUGGCUGCUCCAUCGACACUGCCGAGGUGAAGCACCACAACUAGGCUAAAGUUGCAGACUUCACAUUGUAAAUCAUUUUAGAUUUUUGCAUGCCAGCUACAGACAUUCAGUCCUUUUAUUCCUUUCGACUGAUUCCAGACUCGCCGUUCCGCAGAAUCCAUGGGAAUUCCAGGUUUCAUCUUCAAGACCAUUCCGAGAAUACUAUGUUAUACGAAACCGAAGAGUAAGAGUAAAAGUUAGUUUGUAUUUGUAAGUGUAUCCAGGCGAC